UAUAUUAUCUAAAUAAAAUCGUGAAGUUACGCUCACAGUAUCAUUUUAGCACAGGUUUCCGUUGUGCUUGAAAUGAGUGUGAAGGCAAGACCAUUGUAUUGACAGUGAAACUCGAAACCCGGUCUCCGCAGUGCGAGGUUCUCGCAGAGGUAGCUUACGGGGAAGAGACUAUAGACCUAGGUAGGACAAUAAUAGGACAUUUCUGGCUUUCGCACGGGCAACUUUGAUACAAUAACUGAUACAAUAACUUGGGCAACAUUUGAGGGAUGCAUAAGGACAGUCGUUUGUUCAUAUUAUUCACAAAUAAGGCUAGGUGUAAUACAUUACAUUAAAUACCCUGAUAUACAAACCGUCUUUUGUAUCAGUGUGUUUUUUAUAAUUUUUAUAAAUUUCCAAUGUUUUUUAAUGAUUAAGUAGGCCGACUUAAUUGUUGCGUGAAAGUAUGUAGCAGACAGUGAAAGUGCUCGAGAGAGGCAGGGUUGGGAGCAUUCCGUUUUUUUUGUUUUACAGUAAACAUCGAUACAAUGUUUUUCUCUUAUGACAGAUAAGCCAAAGGUGUACCAGGGCGUGCGGGUGAAGACAACUGUUAAAGAGUUGCUGCAACAGCAGAGAGCUCUCCAGACAGCAAUCAAAACUGUUAGAAUGAAAUCCCAGAGCUUGGCGAGUCAGGAUGUUUGCGUCUCCUCCUCUUUGCCAGGCCAUUAUUUUGAUUAUUUCCCUCAAGAGAUGAAUUCCAACGGCAGCUUUCAGCCGCGGGCCUUUCCAGACAGCAACGUUCAGAUGGAAAGCUUCGAUAAUCAACAAUUGAUAAGCAUGAUGAUGCCCAGCGAGAACUACAGCAGUGGUAUUGUGCAUCCCGCUACCUCAACAAAACUUUGGCCCCAGGAAAAUCACUCCCUGAAUAUGGACUAUUGCGUCAAUGGCAUGGCUCCCAGCUCACCAUCAGGUUCUCUAAAUAUGUCAAGUCCGGUCGAUUACAAUAGUUAUUCGCCACAGGAGUCUUACUCUUCGUCGUGUUACAACUCUCCGAACAGAAUGGACUCGAGUUAUGGGUUUGUUCCAGAGCACUACCACUACCAGCACUGCAACCUCCAGCACUGCUACUGCCUGUCCCAUUGGUCGGGUACCCAGGAGAGCAUCUCCACUCCAGAAUACGCUAUUUAUGGCACAACAGACUGUGUACACGCCUCGCCUGUGGAUACCAGCUAUUUCAGGCGGGAAUUGUCAAGUUCAGAGAUGUGCUACCUUUAAAGAUCCUCUCGGUCUUUGUUUUCUGUGUAAAUACAGUAGAAUGUACAGUGAAAACAAUGUCUGUAACUCGAUGUCAAACGGUUGCACUUGUGGCACUUGCUUUAAGAUGUAGGCCUGCUUUGCAUUUCGGACUGUUUGCUGUCACAGUUUCCUCUGAGUUUCUGUUUUUGUUAUGAUUGGAAGAGUGCUUUUAGAAUUCAUGAGUUUGGAUAAAUGUUGCAAAUGUAUGGGCUUAGAGCUAUCUAGUUAGUUAUUGACUGUGAUUUAGAUAUAUAAAAACACAUCUAAUGAUGUCAUCCUGCUUUUUUACAAGAAAGUAUAUAUUUUUUUAUGGAUGCAUUCAUUUUGUAAAAUAAUUGAAAAGCCUACCCAAAGGAAAUUAGCGUCAUCCCCUUCAACUCAAUAUUUACUUUCUCUAUUCAGAUGCACACAGAAACUUAGUUAGAAACAUUAACUUAAAUUGAGUUUUUCAAGUAAUUGAAUCAUAUUUACUGCUAAAACCAGCCCCUUGUUGGACCCAAAUAAAAACCACUACACCUGCCACCACAUUAACUAGAUUGAAAGAUAAAUGACAAUAGACAAGCGAUAAUGAUAGUCCAAUUUGUAAGUCGCUCUGGAUAAGAGCGUCUGCUAAAUGACUAAAAUGUAAAAUGUAAAUGUAAUAGAGAAUUAAUAUGCAUAGUGCUUGUCGUUACAAAAAUAAUUUGAGAGACCAUAUAAUAACUGAAGAAAAACACAACAAUAAGGUUAAUAUUGACCGUUCUUGAUGUGGAAAAUGGCAUUCCAUGGUAGCAGACGCAAGUCCACGUCACAUCAGGUCACAUCCAACUCAAGAGACGCCUGUCUCCACUCUACCCUCCGAGCGCACCCUCCUCUGCAUCGGGAUCACUAUCUUCUCCGAGGCCGAAAUAAAGCAGGGUUGAGCAGGGAUAGAAGUAGGCCUGCCUGUCCAAAAUGAACAUAUCGUUACAUAUUACCAAAAAAGAUGA